UCCAAGCUCCGACUGAUUGCAAAGGGCGCUUUAAAAAAAGUCUCAUAUACACUUUUACAGCGAGUGGAGCCUCCUGAAGGAACACGGGAGGAGACGCCCAUUGCUGCGCUUCUUUCGAGAGAAAAAAGAAUAUCAGCUUUUGUUUUCUGCAGCAGAAAUUGCAACUUUUAGUUGUUUGAUCAUUUUGGUUUGAUAAAAAAAACUCACAGAAGGACCAGGAUUUCUGUUGUUAUUGUUGUUGGUGAUAGUGGAAGGGGAACGCACUUUCAAGGGGAGUGAUUCCAACAAUGACUUUAGGAACAGAAAUGUCAGACAAUUCCGCUUUUUCAGAGGAUGUGGACAUCGACGUGGUUGGCGACAUGAGCGUUAAAGAGGGGAAGUAUCACGAUUUUCAUUCGGACAACGACUCGGAUGAUAACCUGUCCAGGAACGCGGGAGAGAACGCCUGUUCCCCGGGCCUGAGCAGCGGUUCAGACUCCAACCCGUUCCGUGGAGAAGAGAAGACGGGCAAAAACACUUUGGUGAAGCCCCCUUACUCUUACAUCGCCCUCAUAACCAUGUCUGUCCUGCAGAGCCCCAAGAAGAGGCUCACUCUGAGCGAGAUCUGCGAGUUCAUCAGCAACCGCUUCCCCUACUACAGAGAGAAGUUCCCCGCCUGGCAGAACUCCAUCCGCCACAACCUGUCCCUCAACGACUGCUUCGUGAAGAUCCCGCGGGAGCCCGGGAACCCUGGCAAGGGCAACUACUGGACCCUGGACCCGGAAUCGGCGGACAUGUUCGACAACGGCAGCUUUCUGCGGAGGAGAAAACGCUUCAAGAGGCACCAGUCUACUGAAAUGCUGCGGGACCCAAACAGCUUCCUUCCAGGAUUUGGAUAUGUGCCUUACGGGUAUAAUUACGGCAUCCAGCUGCCGAACUUCCACCCCCACCACCACGGCACGGCUUUCCAGUUCCAGCCCCCGCACUGCGCAAUGCCGUCCCCGGCUUCCCUGUUUCCAGCCCCGCACAUGCCUUCUCUCCUGGGCAACGAGCUUGCUAGAAAACCUUUCUACCCCCAGCUGAGCCCAACUCUGCCCAGUUUGCAGCCUCUAAAAGUAGACAGCAACAACCAGACGAGGUCUUCUUUUUCUAUAGACAACAUCAUAGGGGUGUUUCAAGUCGGGAAUCACGUGGCUUGCUUCGCAGAUUGAUGCUGGAUUCACCUGAUAAGCCGCCCAGUCUCGGAUGAAAGUAAACAGCAGGGACAGAAGGUCGGGUUGCAGGGCUGGCUAUGAAACAUCAACAAGAGUACAGAGACCCACGCAGUUCAGACUCCACGCGGAUUUCCAGUGUCUGGAGAGGGCAACAACUCAACUAAAGAUAUCGGCGUAAUGAUGCACAUAUGUAAAUACUGGCAACCUCAAACCUUUAAAACAAGGACGGCUUACUAUGUUGUAAAUACUGCAUAUAUUUCACCUGGAAAUGUGUGAUUGAAUUAUGUAUCAGGCUUGUAGUCAGCAUUAACUAAAAUAGCAGCAACUAAACAAUAAUGGCAUUCCCAGCGGCCACUGUGUUGACGUUCCUCCGAGCAAGGUGGUCCAGUCACGUCGCAAGUUGUAAUUCUCUUUUGAAAUAUAUAAUGCUGUAAAUUGGCUGUGUAGUUUGUUCCCACACGACAACAGUCAUGUUUAGAGCACAGAGGGUUAAAUAAGUUAUCAAAACAGGAACUAUAAACUGCUCAAUAAAAUCCUCGCAGGUUUGUCCCUUCCUGUCGCACAACUUAUCCCCUAAGUGACAGGUCUAAUUAACCCGGUUAUUAGGCAUUGACCUUCAAUUAAGCCGCCGCGACAGAUUAAUUAAAGCUGUUGCCACAACGCAAAUACAGCUAAUGACCCCUUAAAUAGCCAUGGAGACAGAAAUGUAACAAUAAAGGGUUGCUCACAUUUGUCGUUGAGGUCUUUAUGGGGGGGAGAGUCUCACAGCAGCGAGGUGAACUCAUUCCAGACCAGGGGACCUCAGAUCUUCAGUGCAUUAGUGUGAGAAGCAACGAACCAGACUGUCAGGACUGAGACUGCAUUACCUCCAGCAAAAAGGUGAAGUGUGGAAAAGUAUAUUUGUCGUCCACGUGGAAAGUUAUUCAUUCUUACAAUUCCACAAAUAUCAAUUAAUUAAUUUAUUUGUUUAAUUAUUUAACCAGGAGAUUUAACACUUGAUAGCGAGUCCUCAUUUACAAGGGGAUCCUGGAAAACAACAAAACAGACAAUUGCAAUGUAUAAAAGAUAUUGCAAUGUACAAACAACAAACUAAAACAUGUGUGGUUCAAACUGAAUCAGCAGCAUCAUACCAAGAUCAAAGGAUAUAACAAACAAGACAGAUCUAUUUGUUAAUGUUGACUGAAGGAGAAUCAUUGGUAGCAGGCUCAAAGCAAUUCCCAAAUACGACCUUUAAAACAAACAAACAAACAAACAAACAAAACAUAUCAUACAUUUAACUAAGCCUUGCAUACCGUCCAGGUUCUCAAAGUAAACCAAAGCUAUCUGGACCACAUGGUUAUACAAAACAGCACAGUUCUGCUGAAAAUAGGAAGCUUUACAUUCCACUAUACAAACUCUGGUAGUUCUGGAACCUCAGCGAACAUUCUGUCACCCCCCCCCCCCUCUGCCAAUCAGAUCAUUUAAUUCUCAACAGGAAUGGAAGCAUUCUGUAUUCACUGUCUGAGCACAAGGGAACAACAGACUGGAAAGCCUUGUUAGAGGGUCAGUGUACCUUAAAUCAACCUGCCACCACUGGCUGGACAUCUAAUACCAUUGCCUUCUCCCCAUUCCCGAGACCUGGUGAGCACUGAAAAGCAAGGGUGAUGGAAAGAAUUACAUUGUAACCACUCUAUUAGGCAUACACUGUAUGAAAUACCUCUUUGCGUUUUAUGAAUUUGCCUGUGUUUAAGUAAAAAGUGCAUCACUCAGUAGAUUAUUUGCAUUGUUACAAUAGCAUAUUUUUGUGAUAGUGAAAUUGUUUUCAUAGCUGGGGUUUAGAGCUUAAAGAACGAAAGCCUCCUGUUUGGUUUCCAACAGACUCUCAAUCUAUCUCCUACACUCUUUGUUAAA